CAAAGCGCCGUUAUCUGGUCGCUGAUAGGUUCAGGUAGCGAGGACAGGAAACAUUAAUAUGGAUGUCGGCGUGGUGGGGAGUGGGAUCAUGGGAAAUUUGGGAAGUAUGCUUACGUAAUGUUUUCUUAAGGUAAUUUGAUCAAACUAGUGGACUAUGGGUAUCCUAUCAUGUAGCUUGGUACUAACGAUCGUGUACGUUGUGGAAGCCGAUGGUAAAACAUGUCCAGAAACAAUAACUUUACCGAGUCUCGGAAGCACGAGAGAUCCUGUCUACGAAUUUCCAUGUGAUGGACACUUGAUUGGAUGGCGUGCUAUUGGCUCCAUACCCACGUACAAUAUACAUGUCGGAGUUUGGAUUCCAAACUAUGGUUUCCAUAAACGCCUUGUGUUUUUUCAACCUAUUACCCAAAGCAGUGUAAUCAACAUCGAGCCGCUUAUUAUCGAAAGUGGAGAUUCCAUGGGAUUUGUUUUACUCAAAGAUGACUCUAUUACUGGGCCUGAUUUUGCGAGAAAACCACUGCACGCCCAGUCCUCACACAAGACUGUUAAUGUCUACCCUCAAAAUACGAGUCUUGUGGUUAUAGUUCCACACAACACCACAAGAGAAUCUGUCCUUAACUUUGAGGAAGUGCCAUAUUUGUUAGUUUCGUUGAAAUUCAAAUUUCUUGUCGAAAUGGACUACAGUGGUAGAUACAAAGCUCAGUUGGGGACUUCUGGGAAAAGGAAUCGCCACAAACGAAAUCAAGGGAAACGUUGCAGGAAAUUUCCAAACUGUGAAUUAUGUAGAAAAGUCAAUGGCAAAUUCGAAUGUUCACUUUGCAAAGACGGAUAUUUUGGACGCUUCUGUAAGAACACAUGUCCCGAAGGAUGCUCUUCCUGCAAUCAGUCUAGUGGUAAAUGUAUCGGGUGCUCAGCGGGUUAUUUUGGACAAAACUGUAAAGAAUUGUGCCCUACCGGUUGUAAUCGCUCUUUGGGGUGUAACGCGGACAGUGGUUGUGUGGAAUGCCAACUAGGACUGCAGGGGAAAUGGUGUAGGGACGUUAUUGCAAGCUGUGAUGAAGGGUCUUUCCUCGGGGCUAUGUGUAAAAACGUAUGUCCAGAAAACUGUUUAUAUUGCAAUAUCUCGGAUUCCAUGAGGCAGUGUAUUGUCUGCAGAAGAAAAUCACAAUGGAAACAAUGCAUAAACACGGUGAACAAAAAUAAAACAGAAGGAUCCACUAGCUUGGAGGCUAUUUUGAUUCCGGUAUUUUCUCUCCUUGUUCUGAGUGGUGCAGUGGCUGGCGUUGUUAUCUUUCUCUUAAGACGUCGACGUAGAAAUGUUCCUAAAGAGACUGAAAUUGACCUGAAAGUGCGAAAUGGACUUCCCUCGCAAGAAGCACUACGUGAGAGAGAACGCCGAAGCAAUUCUUAUGUUGACAAUUUACCACCUAUUGCACGCCAAACCCAAAGUAGACAACUUCCUCUGCCUCCAAUCGAAGAUGAAGAAGGUUACAUGGCACCACAAAACCUACCAGAUGUGACGUCACCACUUUUACAAGAACAACAUUCAGAUGAGAAGCAAGGAUCCAAAUCACUCGUGGGCGAAGCAGAUCCAAGCGGACCGUCACUUCCGGUAGAAAAUGAAUAUGAGAUUAUUGAUAAAGUGGAACCCAUAGAAGAGACAUUUGAAUAGAAAUCCGGGGAAUGGAAUCCCAACAAUGCAAUAAGAUCUUUUCUGAAAAGCUGCAACCUAUUUUAGGAGUGAUCUAAAUAUCAUCAUUUUUUAAAACUUACGUACAGUGUAUGUGUCUUCCCCCUCCAUAUGACUUUUAAGUUUAUAUCGUUUAAAAGUGUGAUUAUUUUACAUUACAUGAAAUAUGAAAAGUGAUCGCUAGUAGUAUGCGUGAGAUGGACUGUAAUGUUAGUAUGUACAUGUGUGUGUGUGUGUGUGUGUGUGUGUUAAGGUUGAACCUGGGUACUAUACAUGAACCUUCAGUAACAGUCACCUGUGUUCCACACAACGAAAAAAACCAACUGUUGCAUGUUGAUGGUACAGUGAGAGAAUUUUUAUAUAAACUGAAGUUUAUUGUGAUCUAUUUCUUUAGUGUCGUUCAUUUUUCCACAACAAUGUUAUGCCCUAGACAAGUAACUUUAUUUAAUCAAUAACCUUUAUCAUUGCUGAACAUUGUUCAAGGUCACAAUGCGCUGUCUAGUUAUAUGCAACCUUUAUACAGAGUUUUUCCAUAUCGUCUCCUUCACCUCAGUCAGAGUGUUUUAGUUAGUGUUAUAUCUUAGUAUUACUAUCCAAUGUCUCCCCAUUACAAAUCCUUCGGAUGAGACCGCCAAAACCGAGGCCCCGUGUCACAAGGUGUGGCACGAUUAAGAUCCCUUCCUGCUUAAAGGCCGUAAACGCAGAGCAUAGGCCUAAAUUUUGCAGCCCUUCACCGACAAUGGUGACGUCGAUCUUUCCAUAUGAGUGAAAAUUUUUCAAAAGGGACGUUAAACAGUAUAAAAGAAGGUCAUAUACAGAUAUUUUUGCAGAUAAAAUUCACUUGAGCAAAUGUCCUUAGUGCAGGGUCAUGAGACAUUACCUAGUAAUAAGCAAUUUUUGCCAUACAACAACCCUAUGUCUCUCCAUUACAAUUCAAUUCAAUUAUUUAUUGAUUCACCAAGCAUGUUGGCAUACAAUCAUGUUACACAAUAUGAGAUAUAUAAUGGCAAUAAACUAAUUACUAACAGUUCAUUUACAUAUAUGUAAAUACAAGUAUAUAUUUGAUAUGUACCUGUGAUAUUAGACUAUGUAUGCAAUUUAGUAUUGCAUAUUACAUGAAUUAAAUGUAGUUAUAGCACUCUACGUUUGGUGCGCAAUUCAAAACAUUCAUGUAAAAAUUCACAAAACCUUCUAGCAUGAACUACAUUGACAGGAUUGCAUAGUACUUUACAUUGGUUUUCCUUUGAUAUAUCAUCGUCUGAAUUGUAGAUGUUCAAAGGGUAAUAUUUCUUUCUUAUAUCUUUAUACAUGAAGCAGUCAUAUAAAAAAUGUAACUCAUCUUCAACAGUAGUUUUACAACACUGACAAAAACGACAUUCUUUUGGAAUACAUGGUUUUGAAUAUCUACCAGUUUCAAUUUCUAAAGGGUGGGCAGAUAUUCUUAGUUUUGUUAAUCUAGAACGUACUACUUUCGCAAUUGGAAAUUUCAAAUAGUCUUGUAAUUCAUAGUUCUUUCUAAUUUUGCUGUAAAAUAGCAAUUUUCCACGUUUAGAGAAUUCAGUAUUUUGCAGUUGCAUGUUAAUAUUAUCAAUAUAGUAAUUCUUCAAGUAAUUGUAAAAUGUGCUUUUAUCAAUAUCCAAUGAUGGAAGAUUUAGCUUAUUUCUUAACUUUAUUAUUUGUCCUUGCCAAUUUUCCUGUAUGCCAGUAUUAUAAAGGUUAUCAUCUUCCAGUUUAGCAGCCAUAAGUAUUGGAUUUCUAAUACCAUUUUCAUCAUCAUAGCUUUUUAGUCUUUUGUAAAAUUUGAACAUAGAGAGGAGAGCUUUAAAGCAGAUGGGGAAUGUUCCUAAUUCAUAUUUGAUGGCUAAAUUUGAAGCUUUUUUCUGUACACCCAAAAUGUCUUUAAAUAUUAAGUGCUGUAUUUUUUCAAAGGGUAGUUGGUCACAAUUGUUAAUGUUAAUAUUAAAGUCUGAAAUCCAAAUUUCAGAACCAUAUAAAAUGAUAGGUUCCAUAAGAGCAGAAUAAAGUUUUAAGAGUUUUUACAGAUAAUUUAUCAUAAAAGGGCAAGGAAUGUUUAAUUGCAUAAAAAGCUUUCCGUGCACGGUCAGCUAGCUGUUCAGCUGCAUAUUUAAGUUUGCCAUUACAACUGAAAAUAAUUCCCAAAUAUUUAUAUUCAUGUGUAAGAUGAAUUAUUGAGUGAUUAUAAUAAAAAUAGUGUUAGGCUG